AUGGAAGUACCAACAAAAGAACAAGUAUUUGAGAAGUAUAUGAAAUUACUUGAGAAAAAAGGAUAUCUAAAAGAUGUUACAGAAGAAGAAAAAGAAGAAAAGGUAAAUAAAGCCAAAAAGUAUUUUGAAGAACAUUAUAAUAAUUUAGAAAGAUUUCCAGCUAUUAAAAUACCAAAAACAAGUGAAGAAGUUACAGAAGAAAAGAAGAAAGAAGCUGAAAUUCAUAAAGUAAAAGGAAAUGAUUUAUUUAGUAAAAAAGAUUAUGCAACUGCUAUUUGUGAAUAUUCAAGGGCAAUUGAAUGUGAUCCAUUUAAUCAUAUUUAUUAUUCAAACAGAUCAGCUUGUUAUUGUUAUUUAAAUAAUGAUGAAUUAGCUGUUAGAGAUGGAGAGAAAUGUGUUGAAUUAUGUCCAACAUUUGCUAAAGGAUAUAGUAGAUUAUCAGCAGCAUUAAUGAAAAUGGGAAAACUUCAAGAAGCAAAAGAGGCUAUUGAUAAGGCUUUGAGUAUUGAACCAGAGAAUCCAAAUUAUUUAAAUAGUAAAAUGGAUAUUUUAGAUGAAUUAAGUAAAGUUGGAAUAAAAGAAGAAGUGAAAGAAAAACCUAAAGAACAAAUACCUGAACCUCAAAACCAACCAAAACAAGAACAAAAUCAACAACAAGGAGGAUUUGCUAAUUUAUUAAAUAAUUUAAUGAAUAAUCCAGCUAUUCAACAAAUGGCACAAAGUAUGAUGAAUAAUCCUGCAAUGAUGAAUAUGGCACAAAAUAUGAUGAAUAAUCCUGCAAUGAUGAAUAUGGCACAAAAUAUGAUGUCAGGUCAAGGAUCUAUGAAUGAUUUAUUAAAUAAUCCACAUUUAAGACAAAUGGCAGAACAAAUGGCAAAUACACAACAACAACAACAGCAACAAGAACCAAAAGAAAAUAAAUCAAAUCAAAAUGAAGAAAUAUAA